UUUCCUGAACUACUGACGUUUGACUCUACCCGUAACUCCAUGCUCACGUUCUGAACGUUUCCGUUCUCCGAACGCUUGAAUUUCAGCUUCUCCAACAACCACCGACCUGGCCUCUCUCUCUCUUCUUCGCUCUUUUUCCAGAUCUCUUCCUCUCUCUUUCUGUCGUUUUCUUCCAUUCUAUGGCUGUCGCCGCCGCCGAAGCCGGCGGCAUGAGUGAACCGCAGACUCAGCGUAUGGAUGCCCCGCCUUCGGGAUCACUCUCCGGCAUACCAUCGUCGUCUUCGCCCUCUAAUGGUCUUGAUCGGAGCCAUUCUAGCAAUUCUUUGCAGAACCCUCGUCAAGAUGCUGAAAUUGAUGAGUCUCCGGACGUAUUGAAGAGCGAAGAGUAUCGUCAAUUGUUUCGCCUUCCGCCGGAGGAGGUCCUUAUUGAAGAUUUUAACUGCGCCCUCCAGGAAAAUAUAUUAAUUCAGGGUCAUAUGUACCUGUUUGUAAAUUUUAUUUGUUUUUACUCAAACAUAUUUGGGUUUGAGACAAAGAGAGUAAUCCCACUUGAUGAAGUAACCAGUGUACGGAAGGCAAAAACAGCAGGACUCUUUCCUAAUGCCAUUGAAAUUUUUGCUGGAGGCAAGAAGCAUUUUUUUGCAUCCUUUCUGUCCCGCGAUGAAGCAUUUAAUAUCAUUAAUGAUGGGUGGUUGCAACAUCGCAAUGCUGCCAAAGCCAGUACUGAGCAGCAGGAAGCAAUAUCUGAAUCUAGCAGCCAAGAGAACGGAUUUAUAGCUAUUGAAAAAGCGAACAAUUCUGAGAUCCUAGACAAUGAAUCACUCGCUACCAAUCUGAGCAAAGAUAAUUCCAGCCAAGACAAUGAAUCCAUGGAAGUUUCAGAGCAGCAAUCUGGUGUAACUGAUGUUACAGAAACUGUAUCAAACAACGCUGAUUUAGGAGCUACCUGGAAUUGGAAGGAAGAGAAUAUUGAUGCUCCAAAAAUACCGGAGGCUUACACAAAUGUUGCAGAAUCAAAGUUUCCGAUAAAGGUGGAGGACUUCUUUAGGUACUUUUUAUCAGACAACGCUGUUAAUUUUCAUGAGUUGUUUCAUGAAAGAUGUGGAGAUAAAGACUUGAAGUGUACUUCAUGGCAGUCUCAAGAAGUUGGGUAUACCCGGGAAAAGUCAUUUCAACAUCCAAUAAAACUUUACCUUGGAGCGAAAUUUGGUGGUUGUCAUGAAGUUCAGACACUGCGAAUCUACAAGAACAGUCAUGUGGUUUUAGAGACAUCACAAGAAGUCAGUGGCGUACCUUAUGCAGAUUAUUUCCGUGUUGAGGGAUGGUGGGAUGUCCAGAAAGACAACAAUGAAUCAAAAGAGUGCUGUGUUUUGCGGGUUUAUGUGGAUGUUGCAUUUUCGAAGAACACUAUAUGGAAAGGUGUUCAGUUUUCCUUUAGUCUAUAGUUUACUCAUAUAUAA